AUGAAAUGGAAGAAUAUUGAUUGAUUACCGCGUAGUCUUCUUUCUCGCCGAAAAAUCCAACACAAAAUUACUCUUUUAACAAUUUGCCGUAUUAUCAAAUUAUAUAUACGCAUAUACAAACAAUACAUAUACAAUUCCAUCACAUCAAAAUUUUCCAAUUUUGUGGUUUUCUGUUCAUAAUCAUUAAAACCCCUCACUCUCUUUAAGGUGUAUAGGUGAUUUGAUUUAGUACCCAUUUGAGUAAUUCGAGUGUAGGUAGAGAGGGUGUAUUUGGUUCGCAGAGCCAUAUCAACGUCUGCGAGCCUUGAGUACUCUCUUAGUUGAUAGUAGUUGAGCUACAUUAAAGUUAUCAUCAUGGGUGGUGUUUGCUGCUGCUUGCAUUAUGACUGUGAAGAUUAUGUUAAUCCCAAUAGUUCGGUGUACAGGAACUGCAUUUGUCUUAGAUGCUUUCUUCAGAAUUUCUUAUAUAUGUACACGUCGUUAUUCCAAAGAGGGGAAGAACAAACUCGGCUUCCAAGCCCUUCAUCCAUUCAAGGGACAGCGUCUUUUAGCUCAUCAGCAUCACUUGAUAACUCGUUAUCUGGAGUGUACCGGUCUCCUCCAAGACCAUUGCCGUAUGAUGUUGACCCUAGGUAUAUUCGUCUGCAAAGAGAUGGUCUGGUUUUAAGAAGGGAGAAAGGGUCAAGCCGUUCACAGGAGGAAGGUGAAUCUUUAAGAGGAAGUGAUAGUGAUACGGAGACAGAUCUGUUAUGUGCUGGAAGCAAAUGGAAUAGCUCAACAUGUGAAGACGGAACAAAAGGGUUACAAACGAAGUAUUCUACCAAGCUUUCGACCCCGAAAGAGACAUCUGGAUUUGCACAUAUUUUUGCUUCAUCGGAAGAUGAAGAUGUUUGUCCAACAUGUCUUGAAGAGUAUACUGUAGAAAACCCUAAGAUAAUUACAAAGUGCUUGCAUCAUUAUCACCUUGGUUGUAUAUAUGAGUGGAUGGAAAGAAGUGAACGCUGCCCUGUUUGUGGCAAGGUGAUGGCAUUUGAUGAGGAGACUGUUUAGGCCUAACGUGAAGUGUUCUUGCUGAAAUGAGAACCGGAAAGAAAUGAAUACGGUAAAGAAACAAAGAAAACACAUUGUAAAUUCAUUGUGAAUACCCGCAUGUUACAAGUGUUCUAUCGUGUAAUGGAUAAGUGUUCAAUAUAAGCUGUCACAUGCUUCAUUUUUCUUA